AAACUAUCUUCUUAUCUAAUUUGCUAAAAGUUUGUGACUGUUCCAUCAAACAGUUCUGUGCGAAAGUUACAGACUGCGCCCGUAUUCCUUUUGUACUCUUCUUCCUAGCCCCUAGCAGCCAGAACCUUUUAUGGUGACUGGCUCGAUAAUUCAAUAGCGAUUUUUAGUUUCUGAUUGGAAAGUAUAACUUUAAAAAUGGCUGUGGCUGCCAGGGCAUUUUCAAAAUUUACAGUUGCGGGUCGUAGUAAUUUGCUGCGAACUCAAAUUAGAUUUAAUUAUACAGAAACAAGAAAAAAUUUGAAAAUUGACUCGAAUACGAAAGUUAUAUGUCAAGGAUUCACUGGAAAGCAAGGUACUUUUCAUUGCCAGCAGGCCAUUGACUAUGGCACUAAAAUUGUCGGUGGUGUUAGUCCUAAGAAGGCUGGUACAGAACACCUUGGAAAGCCUGUGUUCAAAUCUGUAAAGGAGGCAAAAGAGGCAACUGGCGCAACAGCUUCUGUUAUUUAUGUACCUCCACCAAGUGCUGCAGCAGCCAUUAUGGAGGCUUUGGAUGCUGAAAUGCCAUUGAUCGUAUGUAUCACUGAAGGUAUUCCUCAACAUGACAUGGUCAAAGUGAAAAGGCGAUUAUUAGAACAGAACAAGUCUCGCCUUAUCGGGCCAAACUGUCCUGGAAUUAUUGCUCCGGAGCAGUGUAAAAUCGGCAUUAUGCCAGGUCAUAUACAUCAAAAAGGAAAAAUCGGUAUUGUCUCAAGAUCUGGAACUUUGACUUAUGAGGCUGUGAACCAAACGACACUCACAGGCCUCGGACAGUCGUUAUGCGUUGGAAUCGGUGGUGAUCCUUUCAAUGGAACCGAUUUCAUUGACUGCCUGGAAGUCUUCCUAAAGGAUCCUGAGUGCGACGGAAUCAUAAUGAUCGGAGAAAUCGGUGGAAGUGCAGAGGAAUCGGCAGCCGAAUAUCUCAUCGAACAUAACACUGUCGGUUGCUGUUCUAAUUUAUUGGGCCCGAAAGUUAAGCCAGUUGUCUCCUUCAUUGCCGGCAUAACUGCUCCACCGGGACGAAGAAUGGGUCAUGCAGGUGCCAUUAUCUCUGGAGGGAAAGGCGGUGCUCAGGAUAAAAUAGAUGCUCUCGAAAAGGCGGGUGUAAUCGUAACAAGGAGUCCUGCACAAAUGGGUAAUACGCUAUUGAAGGAAAUGACUCGCCUUGGCCUCGUCUGUAAUUAAGAGAGCGAACAUUGCUAUAAAACUAUGUAGUUUUUCUCCAUGUCCAUGUAUCCUCGUAAAAUAAAUUCUCAGUGUAACCUCUACUACGUUGAUCUGACAUUGGAUCAAUGGGAACAUAAUGUGGAGGUUAUCCAAAGCCGAAACAAACUAAU